AUGCAGCCCCUAGUGUGCAAUCAUUCGUGGUGCUUACACCGCUCCUCCGAAAGAAUGUGGGGACCGUGCCACGCGAAGCUAAGAUAUUUCGGCUAG